CUUGUGUUAUGAAACAAGUGCGUUUCUACUUCUAGCCAAACAUUGAACAUUAGUUAUAAUUUCUAAGAUUUCUUCACAUCAUCCCAUUGUGACAGUGCAGUCUUGCGACUUCAAGAAACCAAACAUGAGUAUUUUAGUUGGUGGAGGCACUGGCUUCAUAGGCAGGUAUGUGGCCAAGUUGGGUGCCAGAAAGGGUUUCAAGGUCAUUUCUGUUUCACGCAAAGCUGGGCCCAACUGCCUAACUUGGAAUGACGUCAGCCGUGCUGGACUGCCAGAUGACUGUGUGGCAGUUGUCAGUAUGUCAGGGGAGCCCAUCCUACAACCAUUCAAAAGGUGGACAGAAGAGAUGAAACAAAUCAUCAAAGAAAGCCGAGUGGAUAAGACGAAGUUGUUGAGACAGGCCAUCACAUCAUCCACAAAACCUCCAAAAGUUUUUGUCUCUUUCUCUGGGAUAGCCUGCUACAAGCCCCACCUCACACGUGAGUACACUGAGCUCGAUCAAGUGGAACCGUAUGACUUCCUCUCUCAGCUGACCCGGGAGUGGGAGGAUGCUGGCAGAUUACCUGAGGGCGGUCCCACACGAUCUGUCAUACUCAGGACAGGUAUUGUUCUAGGGAAUGAGGGCGGAGUUAUCCAGAAUAUCAAACUGCCAUUUUCUCUGGGACUUGGUGGCCCCAUGGGCUCUGGGAAACAAUGGUUUCCAUGGAUACACGUAGAGGACCUGGCUGGCAUAGUCUUGCAUGCCAUAGAGAACGACCAGGUGACAGGUGUGCUCAACGGCACCUCCCCCAACCCUGUCCUCAGCCAGGAGUUCACCAAGGCCUACGCCUCCGCCCUCCACCGCCCCCACUUAAUCCCCCUGCCCAGUUUUGUGGUGAGUACUGUGUUUGGGGCCGAGGCCGGGCCGGUACUGCUGGAUGGCCAGAAAGUUUUGCCUAAAAGAACUCUGGAGUCAGGCUACAGGUUCCAGUACCCCACAGUCCAGGCUGCCUGCAAGCAACUCGUCUCCUGAGGGUACAUGUCUGUCUGGCAUCAUCUUGGUCAGGCAAAGAUCUUUGGGGUGGCAUCAUCUUGGUCAGUCAAAGAUCUUUGGGAUGGCAUCAUCUUGGUCAGGCAAAGAUCUUUGGGAUGGCAUCAUCUUGGUCAGGCA